AUGCCCAACCAACUAUACGUUCCCUUCAAACGAACAUGGGAUGUACCUUUGCGACAAGCGGCGCGGGAGUAUAUCCUGAAGAAGUACACAGAUACGCAUCCUGACGCGUUCCGGUGGGAUAUCACCCGAUGGGAGACUUUGCGCAAGGAUGGCGCCGGCGGUAUCGUACAUAUUGAUCGCGUUCAAGCAUCUCUACGCUAUCAUGCUCAGCUCGUUUUCAUCUUGACCAAAUUACCACCCGAUAUCGGCCUGGAAAUACCGUAUGCACCCGCUUUCAAUCCCUCGGCUCUGCCCGAGACGCUAUGCAACUUGGCGUAUGAACGAGCUGCCGUUAUUUUCAACCUAGGCGCAUUAUUUUCACAACUUGCCUCCGCCGAGGAUCGAUCAAACCCUCUUGGUCUGAAGCAGGCCAUUAUGUAUUCUCAGAAUGCGGCAGGAGCUUAUAAUUACCUUGUCUCCGCACUUCCGCCUCUGAAGGCAUCUGUGGCCGCAGACGAUAUUCCCCUCGAGUUCACUAGCCCCUUUUCUCGCAGCAUGGAAUAUCUGAUGCUCGCACAGGCUCAAGAGUGUGUUUGGCAGCGAGCUGUCAUGGACAAUUACAAGAAUGCGUUGAUUGCGAAGCUCGCCGGGAAGGUGGCUUCUCUGUACGCAGCCUCAUUGAACCAGAUCAAGGACGCAUCACCUACCAUCCGACAUCUAUUCCCAUCGCCUUGGCUCGCACAUCUUGAAACGAAGCAACUUCACUUCGAAGCCGCUGCACAAUACAGAAAGAGUGUCGAUGACUUGGAAGCUAACAGAUACGGGCAUGAGCUUGCCCGCCUAACUCAAGCGCAGGUCGCAGCGAAGAAAGGCUACGACAUUGCUCGCCGAGGAGGUGUUGCACAGGCAGUUCUCGACGACACUAAGUCCUUGUUGGAUACCGUACAGAAGAAUUUUGCACGGGCCGAACGGGACAAUGAUUUAAUUUAUCACCAGGAUAUUCCAUCAGCAUCGGCACUACCACCGAUACAGGAGGUGUCCAUGGCCCAGUCUGUCAUUCACCCAGGGCUCAAAGAUCCGAAGACAGCGAUCGGUGAUGACGCGGUCGUAUUUGGAGAACUGUUAGCAUGGGGGGCCAGAGUGGCCAUCGAUAUCUAUAACGAUCGGCGGCAGAAUUUCAUAAAAGACGAAGUUACUGACAGGGCACAGCACCUGAAUGACGCAGCACACGGACUCCUGCAGUCCCUUCAUUUGCCUGCCUCUCUGGAAGCGCUUGAGAGACCAAUCGGACUGCCCCCGAGCCUUCUCAGAAAAGCAGAAGAGGUCCGGCGGGAAGAUGGGCCCUCACGGAUUGAAAUUUCCAUCGACAAUGUCCGGAAACUGGCGCGCAGCGAUUCGGAACUUCUUGACAAGGCGAUGGAUAUCCUGGACCAGGAAGCAGAAGAGGAUGAAACUUUCCGGGUGGAACACUCCGCAGACCGUACACCUUCGCAAGAUACCAAUACAGAGUUAAUCGCCAAGGCACAACGAUAUCGCAAUAUCCUUGAACAGGCGUCAGAAAGUGAUGACCUCGUGCGGCAGAAAUGGGACGAGUGGGAAAAGAAUAUUAUCGAGCUCACUUGGGACGAGGCUCAGUUGGAGGCUUCUGUGCCGUCAUCCACCAUAUCUCCGGCUCAACCUUCGUCUGCGAGACGAGUCACUCCCACACAGACACAUGCCCGGUCCCUGCGCGUACUUCUUGAAUCGUUGGAUGACGUCUUGCGGAGCCGAGCAGACCUCGUCAGACGAGCAGUCCGGCUGGCGGAGUCAGAGGAUAUCAAACCGCGUAUUCUCAAGGCGGCGGCGGCGAUCGAACAAUGGGUAGAUGUUCAGCCAUCGAUGUUCGAAGACGUAUUGGAGGACGAGCUGGCCAAGUAUGACAAGUUCCGGAGCGAUCUAGAGGGUAGCGAGCAGAAGCAAAGCGAACUUCUCAAUUCUAUUAAGCAACGCAACGAGGUAUUCUUGCAAUCACGAAAAGAAGACCCGUCCGUGAAGGAGCGAGAAUACGCGCUGCAGUCGCUCGAUCUGGCAUAUCACAAGUACAAGGAGAUCACUCGCAACCUGGACGAGGGCCUCAAGUUCUAUAACGACUUCGCCGGAGUUUUGACACAGUUCAGGGAUAGCUGUGCGGAGUGGGCCAACGUGCGAAGACAGGAAAUGCACUCGCUGAUUCACUCGCUGGAGUCUAUAUCGUUGCAGCAAACCACCGAGCCGGAUCUCCCGGAAGCGUUGUCUAAACCUGCCACUAAAGCUGAACUGCCCUCACCGCCAUCCAAGGGCUCCCGUUUCGCACUGGAUCUACCCCCUCCUGAUUCUGAUGAAUGGCAGGCGAUGGAUUUGCCACCGAGUCGUUCUCCUAGGCAAGACCCUACGCGACGCAAAGCUAAAGGAUACUGA